UAAUCAGCUUGAAAAAAGAUAAAAUUUAUAAUAUUUUACAAUGGCAGUUAGGUAGUUUUAACAGUUUGCUCAGUGCUUUUUUUUGAAUAUUGAGCAUAUUUCUAUCAAACUGAAAAUGUAAAGGAAAUAAUCAUAAUGAAGCCACAGAAAAAGGCAACGGUUGCCCGGAAGGCAACAAAAAUCCCAACAAUUGCUAAAAAACGUCGCUCAUUUUUAGAGAAAUCUAUAUCUGAUAUAAGGAAAGAAAAAAAAUCUAAGAAACUUGAAAAGGGAGAAGAUGCAAAAAAGAAAAUAGAAAGUGAUAAGAAGAAAUCAGAAAAAACAGAAGAAAAAAAGAAAAUAGAAGAUAAGAAAAAAAUUGAAGAAAAGCGAAAAGAAAAACCUGAAAAAGUGGAUGAAAAAAAAAAGUAUAUAAAAGAUUAUGAAAAAAAGUGUGAAAAAGUUGAAGAAAAAAAAUUGGAUAAAAUAGAUGAAAAAGUCACAGAUGAGUGUAUUUAUGAUAGUACAGAAAAAAAGAAAGUACAAAAAAUAGAAGAAAAAAUAAAAUUGGAAAAACAAGCUAUGGAAAAUAAAAGAAAGUUUGAAAAAAUAGAGGAAAAAAAGAAAAGUGGGAAAUUUGAUGAUGAGAAUAUAGAAGAUCAAUCAAAACUUUUAAAUAUUACAGAAGAAAAAGAUUUACAUGAAGAAAAAAUAGAUAUCAUUUGUUCCAUUUCUAAGAAAAAAUUUAAAGACGAAAAAAAGAAAGAUUCAAAAUUAAUAAAGCCUGAUAUCAAGGAAAAUAUGAAAAUAUCUGUGAUAAAAGAUAAAAAAUCAGAACGUAAAAAACUUCUUGACAAAGGUACAAUAAAUACUAAAACUUCUUUAGCACGAACUAAAAAAGAUUCUAAGACAAAAUCAUUACAAAAAAAAGGUAUUUCUAGAAAGACUGUUUUAACGAAGAAGUCACAUUUAUCGGUAGUUCAAAAAUUUGUAGACAAAAAAAUUAAGUUAAACCGAUUGGUAAAAGAUGAAGAAACAUCUGUAAGUGAGGAAGAUGAAGCAAUGAAAAAAACAAAAAGGAAAAAUGUUAAUAUUUCUAAAAGUAAAAUUAUGCAAGAGAAGAAACCAAAGUUAGGAAAACAUAUGAAAGCUAAAUUGCCUUCAAAAACUAGUAAAAUAAAUUCUACAUUAAAAAAAGAUGAUAAAUUGAAAACAUUUGUGGAAAAAGUUAUACCUAAGAAAAAAAUAGAUACAAAAGAAACAGAAAAAUUACUAGUUGAACAUAAAAAAAUCAUGAACAAAGAUGAAUUAAAUGAAGAAACACAUACAACAGACAUAAAAAGUGAAUUAGAAGAAGAUAAAGAUAUUGAUAAAAAUGGAAAAGAAGAGCAAGCACAAUUAAAAUCACAAGAUAUCAAAAAAAUUGUUAAAAAUUGUACUCCAAAAAUAAAUAAAAAAAUAAUAAAAAAGAAAACUGUAAAAGUACAAAUGGAAAAUAAUAAUCAAUUGAUUUCUUCUUCAGAAGAAACAUCUUCUGAAGAAUCUAAUAAACAAAUCAAGGUUUGUGAAGAUAAUUCAAAUGAUAAUGUUUCUUCUAAACAAGAGCAAAUUGAUAAUGAAAAUAUAAUUGAUACAGAUUUAAAGGAUGAGCCAAUUAAUGGAGAUAAUGUAAGUAAUAAUGCAUUAUUAUCAGAGUCAGAGGAUGAAAGUGAUGAUGAGACCAAAAAAAAUAAACAGAAAGAAAUUAAGAGAAAAGAAAGAGCUAAUUCACCAUCAGAGCAUGAACGUAUUAGAAGAAUGAGAUUGUUCGGAUUUUGGAAUGGACCAAAACGACAUAGAGUUGCUUCUUUGAAUGCAUUAGCCAAAGUUCAUUGCUUAUAUGAAAAUGAAACAGGAGGAGUUUAUCUUGGUGGUUUCUGUAAACCAAGGCCUGAAAAAGAAAAACAAAAGAAAACUAAAGAAGAAAAAGAAGAACAAAUUCGUAAAGAAAAAGAAAAGAAAUUAGAAACAAAAAUAGAAGAAAAUAUACCAAAAAGAAAACUUAGAAAUGUACCAGGAUUACGUGGAAAACAUUGGGAUAUGCUAGAAAGUUCUUCAUCUUCAACUUCUUCUGAUGAUGAAUGUGAACGUGAUAAAAAUAUGGAACAUAGUAAGAAAAAAAUUACCAAACGAAGAAAAAAAAAUGAAGAAGUAAUGGAUUUGAAGGAUAUGGUUGUUUGUAAAAGAAUGGCAAGUCUUAAUGCUACAGCUAUUCUAGCUGCUUCCUAUUCAGAUGAAAAAAAUCGUUGUGGUAGUAGUUUUGAUUCUUCUAGUGAAUCAGAAGUGGAAAUUAUUAAAAAACGUAAACAAAAUGAUUCUGAUAUUGAAAAAAGGAAGUCAAGACAAAAUUCAGAACAAGAUGAAGUUCUAAAACCAUCUAAUAAACUUGUUAUUGUUAAUCAAGAUACAGAUGUUACUAUUACUGGUGUUUAUGUUAAUCAAACUCGAUCAACACAUCAUGAAGGUUUUUGCAGUAUUGCUGGUAUGCAAUAUAGAAUAAGUUCAACAAGUCAUACUCAAACUGCAGCUACUGCAGUUGCUACUGAACUUCAUGACCAGCAAAAAUUGGAACAACCUUGCAAAUCAUACACACCAUUGGGAGCAUUAUCUUCUAUGCAACCACCAGGUAGUCAGAAUAAUCAUUCAAAUAUGUCACCUCGUAGACAUUCUGCAUUUUCAGCGCCACAUCAACAUGGUGGGUAUUAUCAGCCGGCUGGACCACUGAUACAACAUCCACCAACUUUACCACCUAUUAAGGGACCUCCUCCAGAACCAACACCUACACCUCCACAAAAUUCUGAAGGUUCGGAUGAUUUAGUUGCAACUUCUACAACUUCUGGGGGAACUAACAGUACAGGUAUAUUUAUACAGGGAGGUGGAUUUUAUAGGGCAUAUUGUCCUCAGUACUAUGGUACACCACCACAAUACGCAGAUCUGUGUUAUCCACCUACGUAUUCCCAUCCUCACGCUCAUCCACCGCCUUAUUAUAAAUAUGCACCAACUUAUAGAAGGUACUUUUUCAGGCAGUAUUACGGAUAUCAGGAAUCCGGUGGAGGCGGCGGUCCUGGUAGUGGCGCUACUGCGGGUGGUCCAGCAGUUGUUGAUUACCAGCCACCCCCACCGCCGCCAGGUGAAUACCCUUUGCCUCCAUACUACGGAGGAUAUCCUCCACCUCCACCACCACCUCCACCUCCACCAAAUCCGGCAUAUUUGCAUUCUCAGGGAAGACCUUUUGUAGAUCAUGCAGCCUUCCAGGGUUGCCCAUGCCCGAUGCAGUCUUGUCCAAAAAACGUGGAUACUGGGCCCCUUAUUGGUAAUGGUAAGGGAGCGCCAGUGGUAUCGGGGCCCGGUCUGUCAUUGCCGCCCAGUGCUUUGGUGGGUCCGCCCUCGCCGGCGAGGGGGCUAGCCGGGCUAGCGCCGCCUCACGGUGCCAACGCCUGGGAUACGGAUCGCGUCCAACUUAACACUCAUCGCAACCUGAAUCAGAACCAACCGUCGGUCCCUCCGUCUCACAAUCUAGUCGGUGGACAUAAUCACCCGCGAAAUUCGGAUUGUAAGAAUAAGGAUGAAAAGAAUUGUCCGGAAGAAAAAUUACGAAAAUGUGGAUGUCAAAAGCAUGCUUGUACAUCAACUUGUGAAGUCAAAUUGGAAACUCUUUCACCUUCAGAAAAACUAGCAGUGACAACCUGUCCAAGUAGCAAAUUUCAUAAUUUUAAGUUGGAAAAUAACAAUGUGAAAUGUGAAUCCUGUAGCAUGGAAAUGGGUGAUAAUUUGUCCUGUGUUGCAAAUUGUAAUGUAAAGUGUGAAUCAGAUUAUAAAUGCGAUAUCAUGAAAUGUGAACAAUGUAUGAAAGAAGGUCAAAUGGCAAUUCUGGAGAUAGACAAAGAUUCUGGAAUAUUACUUGAUGAUAAAUUGGAUGCAGAUCCAGAUGUUAAGGAAGAAUUAAGUGAUGUUAUUGCUAUUGAUAACGAAAAUUGGAAAAAACCUGAUUAUGAACCAACUGUGCAAGAAACUAUCGAAGAAACUGUGGAUAUCGUAGAAAAACCAGAAGCAGAGGAACAUCCAAAAUGUCAGAAAGUAACGAAGAGAAAAUUAUCUUUAGAUAGUCUGUCUGAUAGUAAAAAGAAGAGAAAAGUAAGCAAAAGGACUCUUUCUGUUGGUUCGUCACAAGAUUUGAAUAACAGUGAUUUUUCAACCAGAAUUUCUAUACCGAUCUUAUCAUUUAUAAAAAAGCUUGACAACAAUAGCGAUGAAGGAGUUUCUAAGAAAAAACAAUCUAAGAAAGAUAAUCAAAAUCAAAAACGUAAAGUAGAAAAUCCAAAUUGUCUUGAAAAUGCAAUGAAGAAAUCAAAAACUUUUAAACAAAGUACAAUUAAUAAUAUUCCAAAUUGUGUAAAACAUGCUGCCACUGAAAAUUCUAUUAUGGAAACUAUCAAUAAUGUUAUUCAACAAAGUUUACAAAUGACGCAAAAAAGGGAUCGUAAAAAUAAAAAUACUGAAAAGUCGGAAAAGGCAAAAAAAGAAGUCAAUUUAUUGUCAGUUGUAAAAAAAUCGACCAAAAAAAUUGAUUUAGUGAAAGAAUUGACGUCGGAGAAAGUGUCGAAAGUUAUUAACAAAAAUAAACACUCUAAAAGUAAAUCGGAGACACGAACAAAAUCAAGAACAUACGAGAAGAAUAGAUGCAAAGGAAAAGGUAAAUCCAAAACGCAUGAGACGAAAACGAAAGAUAAUGGGAAAAAACACGAGAGCACGGCAAAAUCUAAAGCAUAUGACAUUCACGAAUCGACAAAGAAGCCAGCAUUGAUAAAAAAGAAGCGGAAAAGUACGAAGAAACCGCCUGUCAAAAAAUCUAGUUCCAAAGUUGAUGAUUGUUUAGUGGGAAGUGAAAGUUUAAUAUUAACUAGAAAAACAUUUUUAAAGCCCAAGUGGAGUAACGGUUGGAGUUGGGAAGGUGAUCCUUUCGAAGCCAAAGUUUAUCUAACGAACGAAGAAUCAGCUAUACGUCGAUGUUAUGCAAGUAUGAAACACGAAAGUGGUGAUGUUCUAAGACCUCGUGAUUGCGUUUUAUUAAAAAGUGGCCCACGAAAAGCGGAUUUACCAUUCGUAGCAAAAAUAGCUGCUUUAUGGGAAAAUCCGGAUGACGGUGAAAUGAUGUUUUCUUUAUUGUGGUACUAUAGACCUGAACAUACCGAGCAAGGUAGAACUCAAUACGAUACCGAAGAUGAAGUUUUUGCUUCACGACAUCGAGAUGCGAACAGUGUUGCUUGUAUAGAAGAUAAAUGUUAUAUUUUGACAUUUAAUGAAUAUUGUCGGUAUCGUAAAAAUUUGCGAAGAAUCGAGGAAGGAUUAGAAAGCCCCGGUUUAAUAGUUCCACCGGGAGACCAACUAUAUCCAAGAGAAAAUCGGCAACCUCCGAUACCAGUACCUUCGGAUAUGGUUCUCUUUUGUCGACGCGUUUACGAUUAUCGCGGUAAAAAACUUGUUAAGAAUCCUGGAUGACUCGAUUUUUUAUAAAAGAAAAAAAAAAUUUUUGAACAAGAACCAAUGGAAUGCACAAAGUUUGCUGCAUAAAUUGAAACUGAACGUAGGUCUCCUUCGAGCAUAACAUAUUUUGAUUUUAAGAAUAAGUCAAUUUUUAUGAAUAAUAAUUUUGAUAAUUUUUCAAGCUUUACAUGUUUAGGAAAGUUUUUAUAGGUAUAGAUUAAUUUUUUAAUGAUUGUUUAAAUAUGAAUUAUGUAGUAUACGUAGAACUUUCUAUACGUUAUUUAAAUGUUAUUUGAAGGAUAAAUUUCAUUGUAUAAAAUAUUUUUAUUUGUUCUAUUAAGGAAAAUGUAAAGUAUUAAUUAAAUAAUUAAUACGUUAAUUAUAUAUCAUAUAAAUUAUAAUUAAGGCAUAAUAACAUAAAAAAGUUGAAUUCUUAAAUUCGCUAAUAAAAAGAAAAAAAUAAUAUAAAUAAUUUCUUAAAUUUAUAUAUAACAAUCUUAUGAAAUAGAUAUUGCUGCUUUAUUCGUUUUUAACAUUUCUAACUUACGAUACGAUACGAAACAAAAUUUGAAUUAUUUAUUAAUUUCGGAAAUAAAUAUUUCAAAAUUUAUAAAGACGAAGAGCACAAAAAUACAUAGAAUUCAUUAUAUAUUCAUAUAUGGCAUCAAAAUGAUAUUUAAAUGAAUAAUUAAGAAUUUAUAUUAUAAUGUUAUAAUAGCUUAAAUGAUGAAAAUAUUAUUUAAUAUAAAUCAAAGAGCAGUUAUAAUUAAUGUUUCAUCGAUGCAUGUUUUAUCGCAAAUGAAACACACGUUUUUAGCGAGAUAAUAGAAUUUGACAAUUUUAUAUAGAGAGUCAUAUUUUUUGUGAAAUACAAUAUUUAAAUGAAUUUAAAUGAAAUAAAAUAUUUACAACACACACAUUAAAUGAAUAUUUUUCACAUGGAGAAAUAUGUAUGUGCUAUAUAUCAUCAACUUUUUGAAGGGAACCUUCGAACAGUUUCAAGAUAAAAAUCAAACUGGAAUAUUUGACCAUCUAGUAAAAAUAGUAAUGUAUGCAUCGUGUUCUACGAAUAAGAUAACGCGAGAGCAAAUAAGAGAACACUUCCAUUGUCUUGUGAUAGUUCAUGAGACCCAUGCAUACGCAUUAUUUUAAUAUAUAGAAAUAAUAUAAGUUUCAUUUUUAAGAACGAUUAUCGAUAAUAGAAUGUCGAGAAAUGGAAUUGAUCUGAUUAAAAUUUAACUGAAACAGUAAGCUUCGCGUACUCGAAACAGUAACAAAAUUUUUUUGAAAAUUAUACAUUUCUAAUUUAGAUUUGUCAAACUGCCAUAUCUCAGAAAAUAUUUAAGAAUUCUUUUCAUUAAUACUUAUGAAUAUUUAUUUAUUUCAUUCUUUCUCUCUCUUUUUUUUUUUUUUUUAAAGUAAAACAAAGUUUUACCGAGUACGUAGAAUCGUUAUUAUUUAAAAAAAGAUACGUCGUUUGAAUUAUUUAGAAUGAUUAUUACGUAGCAUAAAGGUAUAUUUCGUCGUUACGUCUUCUUUUUAAAAUUAAAUUAUAUAGCAACUCCUUAAUUGAAAAAAUCGAUUUUUUAAAUAAUAUUUAUAUUCUAACCCGUCACGUACUUGUACAUUUCUUUCGUACGAAUAUUAUUAUUUUAUUUAACUUCUUUAAAAUCACAAUCUCUAUUCUACUAGGGAAAAAAAUGUGGUUGUAUAAUAAUCUCUUGUAUCUUUAUUAUUUUCAGUCAUAUAUUAUUCAUUAGCGCGUAGUCAAUGUAUCGCAUCGUAGUAUGCCAAAAAUAUAUUUGUGAAUUACAGAAAAUCUUACGUUAGCCAAUAAUAUAAUUAUAUUAUACAAGAGUUUAUGAUAAUAAUGAGUAGAAAUUCUAGAAACGUAAUUAUUUUUAUUGAAAUUCCAAAUAAGAAUAUCGUCGAGGUAUAUUUUUGAAUAUUAUUUGUUGAGUGGCGGGUGUUUUGUUAGAAAUUAUAUUAUUUAAAAUUAAUAUAUUGAUGAUACGAUUAUUAUUUAAUAUAUUGGAUAUAGAUAUUAAGUUAUUUCCGAUAGAACGAAAUAUUAUAUGUAGUAUAGAUAGGGGAAGGGAAGAGCGCCCAUGAUUGUUCCUGUCUGUGUAUGCGUGUGUGCGAUGCGAAAAUAAUAAUGGCAAAAGAAUUGAAAAAAAAAAAAAAAAAAGAAAAUGAAAAGAAGAAAAUAAGUGAAAAAUGCGAUAUAAUAAGGAACAUGUUUAAAGAAGAAAACACACACACACGUGUAUAUAUAUAUAUAUACAUAUGUAUAUAUAUAUAUGUAUAUAUAUGUAUAUAUAUAUAUGUACAUAUAUAAAAUAUUAAACCAUUUUUUCAUUUUUCAAAAUCCUUUUACGGCGAUUUAAUAUAUUUUAUAUUUAUUAUUUUAUCUAUAUCGAUCAAUUAGAUAUGAAUAUACAAUAAGAAAUCAUGUUAUUAUUACCUAUGUACGUGUGUACGUAGAUAAAGAAUUAUGUAAGUAUCGUCGUGCGCCGUAUGCCAAAAAAGAAGAAACAAAAAAAAAAAAAAUACACAUUUUAUCUUUAUAUCUUGUUUUAUCAACGACGAUCGAGCCUAAAUAAAACGAUCGCAGGAUGAACUAAAUGCGGCGCAUGUAGAUGCAUUAUACACUGUUCUUGCGAUCUUUUACAAAUAGUUUUAUAUUCGUUUUUAUCGCGUAAGUGGGAUCGCAUCACGUGCGACUACGGUGCACCAAAAUGCAUUUUAUCAGAAUAAUUGAAAUUAUUCAAAAAGCGAGCCGCAACAUGUAGAUAUCGUGUAACUCGCAUUUUUGUGUAGAUCUAAAACAUAAGCGCGGUUUCACCGCUACGCGUCUUCGGCCGGAAGGAAAGUAAAUUGAUAGCUUUUCUUCGUAGCGCAAACAAAACAAAUACAGAUAUAAUAUACUUUAACAAUGGUUAAUGUGGGAACAUUGCACAAAAAAAAAAAAAACAAAAACAUUACAUAUCCUCUGUUCAUUCAACAGUAGACGAGAAAUUUUUCAUCGAUCGUAUCCCAAAAAUUUAAAUGUUUAAGUCGGUAUAGAUAUAUGAUUUAUGUGCGAAGCUCUUCAAAGAUUUGAUAUUCGUUUUAAUCAAAAUAGAAGUUUAUAGUUGAAAAAAAAAAAAAUUAAUGCAAUGAACUCUUAUUGCCAUAGAGUUUGCAGAUUUCUUCCCGCGGGUUUUCGCGCAACCGAGAAUUAAGAUAUCUGAUUUGACUUUGUUAAUUUGAUUUUUUCGUCGAUUUAUAUUUUGUACACGAGUUAUAUUAUUUUAUAUUUUCAGUAUUUCAAAAAUCGUAUGCUUUUUUUUUUUUUUUUAAAUCAAUAUCCAAUGGAUUUAUAUUGAAAUAGAAGAAUGUUAAAAUUUUGCAACUUCACGAUUGUAUAGCAUUUCACGAUGUUCUUACGAAAAUGAAAUGCUCUUUUAAAUACAAAAUUAUAAGGGUUAGUGAUAUAUUUAAUUUUUUUUUAGCAUACUUUUACGUAAAAUGCCGAUGACAACUUGAGAUCGAUGAGACCGAUUUUACGGUGCUUUGUAGUAUUUUUAAUUUUUUUUAUUUAUUGAUGUGCUUAAACGAAUAAUUAUGGCAUAGCGACACAUGGCGACGAGAACAAUAAUUUUUAUUAUUUCCGUGUAUACAUAUUAUUAUAUAUUUAACGAUGAAUUUGAAAUCGAAUAUCGUUUAAUAGUAUAUAUAUCGAAAUAAUCUGAGUAACAAUUUCAAAUAAAUUUUAAGCAUAAAAGAGAAUAUAUUUAAGAAAUUAUUGUUCAGAUUAUUUCCUAUCAAAUUUAAAUAAUAUCGCAUACAAAAAAGUAUUGGUAAUCUAUUGGUUGAAGUACAAUUGACAUUCGUAUGUAUACAGGGUGUUUCAUGAGUCGUAAAUUAGUCGCUUACUACAAACUUUACAAUCGUAUUCUAUGAUUAUUUCGUAUUCAAUGUAUUCUAACCUGCAAGAAAUCGUUCGCCAGUUUGGUACAUUAAUAUAUAUGUAUAUAUAUAUAUAUGAACAUAAAUAUAUAUAUAUAUAUACAGUUAUUAAAAGUUUGUCAUAAAUAGAUAUUUUGUGGUUAUUUGACUGCGUUUUUCUUUUCAAUGUUCCGUGCAUGAACUUAAAAUUAUGUAAAUAGAAUAUAAUAAUUUAAAUUUUACAGUUCUAACUUUAUGUAAUAUUGGGAUAAUUGUGCAAGUACAUACUUACUAUACCGAUGGUUUUGGGAAUGAAUAGGGUUCUAUUAAUCUUCGAGUUGGUACGUUGUUUUAAGCCACACAAGCAUGCGUGCAAACACGGAAAAUAUGUCGCUGUAAACUUCCCUUAAUGCACAGGAAAAUCGUAAGCCACUCAAACAUUACUUAUUGUAAUGUAUAUUGUAACAAAAUUUUAUUAUUAAAAUAUCAUUAUUUAUUUUCAUUAUAUUAUUAUUUAUUUUUGUAUUUAAAUUUAUAUUUAAUUAAUUUUUUGUAUUUAAGUUUAUAUUUAAUUUUUGUUAUUAUAUUAUUAUAAUAGUAUAAUUACUAUUAUUAUUAGAGAAGAUGUAGAUGUGUACAACUAUUGAAAAUUAAAAAAAAUAUUUAAUAUUAUUAUAAUAAAAAAUUGUAUAUUGUAUAUUUACUUAUUCGAGUAAUACAGUCAAUGCGGUAUUUGAAAUUAUAUUAUACAUUAAAUUUAUAAUUAUAAGACAAUUUAUAAGCUAUGAAACACUCUGUCUGUUUUCAUAUUUUUGUUCUGUUUUCAUAUUGUUGUUUGUAAAAUUUAUCGGCUGGGGCCAGAAGUGAAAAAAAGAAACAUUGUAUGAAACGAUCAUUACGCGAAUACUAUUUUUAUUACUGUUAACCAAAAACAUUGUCAACAUAGUAACAAUUUCAAAUUGCAAAUACAAAUUUAUUAGUAAAUAUUGAACGGAUAAA